CGCUUCCCGGCUGCGGACGCCUGCGAGCGAGCAGGUUGUUGUUUUUAUGAGAGGCGUCACUGGCACCUGGAGUCGUGACCGCCGGCGUCGUGACAGCCCGGCUCCGUCUGGUGGUUGUGGCGCUGCCCGGCCAGACCUGAAAAAUGUCUGAAAAUUCCAGUGACAGUGAUUCAUCUUGUGGCUGGACGGUCAUCAAUCAUGAGGGGUCUGAUGUAGAGAUGAUGAAUUCUGUCUCAGGCAGUGACAGCUGUGAGCUUAUCCCAGAAUGUUCAUCUCUAGAGCAAGAAGAAGUACAAGUACUGCAGAUAGAGCAGGGAGGAAGCAGCCAAAGCCAAGAUGGCACACUGUUACUGGGAGAAACUGCUUUUCCAGUUUUGGAAGAAACCACUCCAGCAAUCGAGGUAGAGGAAACAAAGUCAUCUGAACACAAUGUCUAUUUUGGAACUGCCAGUGAUGACUCCGAUAUUGUUACCCUUGAGCCACCUAAGUUAGAAGAAAUUGAAAGUCAAGAGGUUCUGAUUGUUGAGGAGGCACACAAUUCUGACGACUUUAACAUGGGCUCCUCCUUGAGCAGCCAGUAUGCGUUCUGCCAGCCAGAAACUGUAUUUUCAUCUCAGCCUAAUGAUGACGAAUCAAGUAGUGAUGAAACCAGCCAUCAGCCCAGUCCUACCUACCGCCGCCGCCGUGGGAGGAAGAAGACAGUUUCUACUUCAGAAUCUGAGGAACGGCUGCUUGCUGAGCAAGAACAUGAACCUUCUAAGGAGUUGAGUAAACGCCAGUUCAGUAGUGGUCUCAAUAAGUGUGUUAUACUUGCUUUGGUCAUUGCUAUCAGCAUGGGAUUUGGACAUUUCUAUGGCACAAUUCAGAUUCAAAAGCGUCAACAGUUAGUCAGAAAUAUCCAUGAAGAUGAAUUGAGUGAUAUGAAGGAUUAUCUUUUUCAAUGUCAACAAGAACAGGAGUCCCUUACAGAUUCUAAGUCAUCGAAAGAAAAUCUUGCCAGUUGUUGGACCCUUACUGAAGCUGAAAAGAUUUCCUUUGAAACUCAGAAAAAUAACCUUGCUACGGAAAAUCAGUAUCUAAGACUAACUCUGGAGAAGGAUGAAAAAGCCAUAUCUUUAUUACAGGAAGAAUUAAGGAAACUAAGGGAACAGAUAAGAAUAUUGGAAGAUAAAGGGACCAAUCUUGAAUUACAUUCAGAAAAUCAGAAACUUAAGCAGCAUUUGGAAGAGGAAAAGCAGAAAACACACACCUUCCUUAGUCAGAGGGACACUCUGUCAGCCGAAGCAAGGAUGCUGAGGACGGAGCUGGAGCGAGAGCGGCUUGCAGCAGUGGCUUUGAGGCUGGAACUCCAGCAGAUAAACACCCAGCCCCAGGACAACUCUGAAUCUCCCAAUUCGCUGGAUGAGAAAAGGGAAAUUGUGCUCUUGCAGCAGAGGCUCACUGAGAUGGAGCAGAAGUUAGUCUUUGAGCAGCAACGCUCUGAUCUAUGGGAAAGACUGUACGUGGAGGCAAAAGAUCAAAAUGGGAAGGAAGAAACAGAUGGCAAAAAGAAAGGUAGCAGAGGAAGCCACAGGGCUAAGAGCAAGUCAAAGGAAACACUCUUAGGAACAGUUAAGGAGACAUUUGAUGCCAUGAAGAAUUCUACCAAGGAGUUUGUAAGACAUCAUAAAGAAAAAAUUAAGCAGGCAAAGGAAGCUGUCAAGGAAAAUCUGAAAAAAUUCUCAGAUUCAGUUAAAUCCACUUUCCGACAUUUUAAAGAUACUACGAAAAACAUCUUUGAUGAAAAGGGCAACAAAAGAUUUGGCACUACAAAGGAAACAACAGCUGAGAAACCAAGGACAGUUUUUAGUGACUAUUUGUAUCCACAAUUUAGGUCAAACAAACCAAACCAGGACUGCAGAGGCCCUACUAUGCAACAUGACAGAAGGAAAGAGAAGCCAGUGCCCUUUGAAGAAUACGGAAGAGAUGCAAACCCACCAAAGGGCAGUGCUGAGCACAACUGUAGGGAAAAGCAUCAUUCUUCCAGGAAAAUGUGUUCUAAUAUAUUUGAAGGUGCUCGGCAGGAAUCCAAGAGAAGCCCCUUUAAUAUAGUGACUCCUGUAAGGAUAGCUGAAUUUAGACAAAUAAUGGAAAGGUUCUUGUUAAAAGAACUGAGAGCUUUUCAUCACUGGAAAGAACUUGAUCAGUUCAUCAGUAAGUUUUUCCUCAAUGGUCUGUUUCGACAUGAUCAGAAGCCCUUCCUGGACUUUGUUAAUGAUGUUCAAGAUUAUCUUAGCAACAUGAAGGAGUAUCAAGUAGAUAAUGAUGGCGUGUUUGAGAAGUUGGAUGAAUACAUAUACAGACACUUUGCUCACUCUUUCCCCCCUCCACUUGGACCCAGUCGACCUGAUAAAAAGCAACGUAUGGUAAAUAUUGAAAACUCCAGGCAUGGAAAACAGGAGCAGAAGCACCUACAGCCACAGCCUUAUAAAAGGGAAGGUAAAUGGCCUAAGUACGGGCGUCCUCACGGAAGACACAUGGCAAACCUUGAAAUAGAAUUGGGGCACUUACCUUUUGAUCCUAAAUACUGAUUCCGUGGUUAAUAUUAAUUAGAAAACUUGAGACAUAUGGAUGCUUCCCACAGUUGUUUGGUGUUGAAACUUAACAUGAAAUUAUCAGUGCAUUUUUUUUCCCCUUCCAUUUUCAAAAGAUCAGUUUGAUGGCUUCAUUAUUACUACUCAAAAGCAUCAAUCAGAAGCUUACUAAACCUGCAUUUUCCUGUAACUUAGCUUUGUUGAAAUUUGGGGGGAGGGUACUGGAAAAAAUGUAGUUUUAUUAAGGAAGUCAGGCAUGCAACAGAUUUUGUGCAUGAAGUAAGACUUCCUUUCAGUCUUCUGAGCUUAACGAGCAAGCCCAAUCCCCACAUGACAAAAGUGUAAUUAACACUGUGUUUGAUUUGCAGUAGAGCUUGAAAAAAGUAUGCUGUGCUGGGACUUCAUCUCUAACAUUUUAUACUCUUACAUUUCUUGUCUUUUUGUGGGUUCAAGAGCCCGUUGACUUGUGAAGAGUAUGCUGCCCUCUUAAGAGCUUGCUGACUUGUUCUCUUGUGAAAUUUCUUGCACAUCUGAAUAUUGUGGAAGAAACAAUAAAACUACACCAUGAGGAAAA